GCUGUUGUUCCUCACAUAUAAAAUAAUACUGAACGACCCACCUUUCCUGAUACUAGUCCACAUCGUAUUGUCCAUUUUAUAUACUUAAGCAACCUGCAAUGGCACGCAGCGGGUCUCAGGAGUCUACAGAUCCCCUCUCACCUUCGGGGCCCAGGCCGCACAUUCGUCUGAAGCAACGUGUCGCCCAUACCAAAUCGAGAAAUGGUUGUUUUGCAUGCAAGAAUCGCCGAGUCAAGUGUAAUGAAGAACGGCCAAUCUGUGGUGCUUGCUCCCUUCGAGGAGAUGAAUGUAUUUUUCCGCGUCCACAGACGAGACAACACCACAUUCGCGGUCGCGAUACAGUAUCUCACGACGCAACCAAUUCGGGGACGCUGCCAAAUUUACAUGCGAGCCCCCUUUGUCCGCUAGAUUUCAAUGCGGCUCCCACGAGAACAUCUGACCCAGACGACGAAUGUAGGAGCGGCCUGCAUAUGCGGGAUUUGAAUCUUCUGCAGCACUACAUCUUACACACCUCGAGAUCUUUGAGUCUGAAUCCUCGCAAACUCGUGGUCUGGGAGCGUGUCAUUCCAGAUCUUGCUAGUGAGAACGCCUUUCUAAUGCACUUAGUUCUGGCACUAGCCGGCCUACAUAUAUUGAAAUCACGCAAGUCAGACAAGCAUAGGUUCACGGAUACUCACAUUUGCACAUCGUCUUUGAACGAAUCAAUUGAUCCAAGAUCCGUGGCCACAGACACUGCUGAGUUGCCAGCUCUGAUUGAACACCAUCAGAAGGGUCUACAAGGUUGCCGACAGACCUCAAAUACACUGGCUCCGACUAGCCGAUUAAGACCUCUCCUGAUUUUCAACAAUGCCAACGAUGACUGGAAGCUAGUCGAGCCGGAACCAGUACUUGGGAAUUCGCUGCCUGGUAACGUACUAUCGGAAAGUCUCUCUGCAUUUGUGUUCGGUGCGCAGCGAGCUAUCUCAAAGUUAAGGGAAUGCCUGGAGUCUCAGCAAGCAAUGGGCUCAGUCCAUGGUGACGUUCCUGGCUCGAACCCCAGAGUUGAGGCCAACUGGAACGUCCCGCUAGAUCCGAUCUGUGUGGCACAAGAUCAGACCAUUGCUGUAGUUGAAGACAUGUAUAUGCGAACCAUAUAUGUUCUUCGACUACAACCAGUAGAACCGCGCUCAUCUGAUCAUGAUACCCAAGCCGAGAUAGAAGAUGCGGCUGUUGCAUCCUGGCCGCAUCUUAUUCCUGAAGCCUUUGUCUCGUCGCUAGAUCCGGACAAUCUUCCUGAUAUGACCGUCGGCUUAUCGUUUGUUAUCCUUGCACACUUAUAUCUCCUCCUUGCCCUAUUGGACAAUCUCUGGUAUCUCGGUGAGAACUUUGGCAUGGAAAUUGAGAAGAUUCAUACUCUAAUAGCCGAAUUCGGGAGCCCUGAAUUAACCGAACUAAUGGCAUGGCCGCUGAACGUCGUGAGACUCCAAAGGAAUAUUAGAUGAGGGGCUUACUAGUUAUUCCUAGUUGGGAGUGUAUAGAUAGGCGAUAUUAGCGAGUGGUGAUCCCCAAAGCGAGUUAUUCUAGACUAUAAACCACAAUUAAGCUGCCAGAAUUGAGCGCAAUACCCUGGGAU